AUCGAAAGCGAAAGUAUAGAUGCUCGACUUCCUGGUAUCAAUGGCAAAUCUUCACCUAACCGGCUUUUACCGACGACAGAGCAAGCAUGGAAAAGCAGAAUCCACAAUUAAAAUUGCCGAUCAGAACUCGCGAAAAGUAAACUCGCGCUUCUUGGUAGCCUUGAUGUUCUAUGAAAAGGCUAGUAAUUUGACCAAGUACAUUUCUUCUGUACCUCUCGAUCGGUUCGCACGCAGAAAGCUUGUCGAACAGUCGAAGGACUACAUGAAGCAGUGCAUAGCCCUAUGCAUAGAACUCGACGAUGGCAGCAUUUACAUUAAAAAACACCACUUUGGACUUCUAAAACUAGCUUUGCUGGAUCUAAAUUGCCGCACAAGAGCAGCCCGGGAACAGCUAACAAGUAGUAAGUGCAUCGCAGAUGCAAAAACCUGCCUCGAGACAGUUGAAGAAAAGUAUCGGAAAGAAAUGAGCGAGGGACAGAUGAUACAAUUCUUUGUGGCCAAGUCAGACCUAAAUUACAGGCUUGGAGAUCUACAGGCAGCACAAAGUUAUGCAAGCCAAGCAUUGUUCCUUGCUGAAACUCAUGGAUUCAGUUUAGAAAUUACUGCCAUUAAGGAGAGACAAGAAGAUAUGCAAAAACAAAUCGCAUCGAAGGAAACGAUGGAUUUUGAACCAGUAUCCUACGAAGAAACCCGCCAUGUCGAUACACUGUCACCCAGUACAGUAUCGUCUGAGUAGAACUCUCCUUGCUCCUCG